AUGACAAGUAUUGAUAUUGGCAGUAUCCUAAGCUCCAAUAACAGCCGGUUUUUCCCUAGCGAUGCCAUCUACAUGGAGCUGCCCUUUCCACAAUACGCUUCUCUCGCCCCUCAGGAACUCCAAGGCGCUAUCAAGAUUGACAACUACUUCACCGGUCCGCUUGGCGGGAUCGGGCUGACAGCCUUUUCACCAUUAUACAAAAUUGGCCAGCCCAAGAAGGGAGAUAUCAUAUUCGUCAGUUCCGCCGCCGGUGCCGUCGAUUCUGUGGUCGGGCAGCUAGCUAAGCGUGAGGGUUUGAUGGAGAAGCCGAUGGAGGCUCUAGCGCAACUCGCACAGAAGGGGUUCGAUACCUACUACGAGAAUGCUGGCGGCUCGCACUUGGAAGCAGCGCUUCGGCACAUCCGUGCGAGAGGCGGCAAUGCGUUUGAGAUUUUCUUCAAGCGAUUGGCAUUGACUGGGUUCAUUGUAACUGAUGAAGAUUUCGGCCCGGCGUACUUCCAGCAACAUCAGGAGACCCUGCAGAAGUGGAUUGCGGAGUGUAGCUUCAAAGUCAAGCUUCACAUCAUCCACGGUAUCGACAACGCACCUGAAAGCUUCAAAGAACUAUAUCAGAGUAAAAACUUCGGCAAAGCCCUGGUUAAGAUCAAGGGGUAA